AUGUUCUUCAUACUCAACGACUGCAUUGCAAUCUUCACCAAAAUGCCGAACCAAAUCAAGGACAUCGCUACUCGCGACGAGACGUCCUUUUCAUACAUCUUUGAGCAGAAUGUGACGAUUGAGCUCAAAGAUAAUUCAGGCCUCGUUCGUUGCAACGUCUAUCGCCCCAAGAAUUCAGAAAAAGUGCCUGUUCUCGUCACCUAUGGUCCGUAUGGCAAAGAUAUCAGUUACGAAGCUUUCCACCCGCAGAGCUUCAGUGAGGUGAACCCUGAGCAGCGCUCAGAGCACUCAGCCUGGGAAACGCCCGAUCCUAAGUUCUGGACCAGCAAUGGCUAUGCUGUGGUACGUGCCGACGAACGCGGUACCGGUCAAUCCGUCGGGAAGCUGGACACGAUGUCUCGCGGAACCAGUGAAGCUUUCUUUGAUGUUGUGGAAUGGGCUGCUGAGCAGCCCUGGUCCAGCGGAAAAGUUGGUCUCCUUGGAAUCAGUUACUUCGCAGGUAGUCAAUGGCGUGUCGCCGCACGUCAGCCAAAAGGGUUAUCUUGCAUUGUUCCCUGGGAAGGCAUGUCGGAUUACUACCGUGAUCGGUGCCGCCAUGGUGGAAUUCUCUCGAACAAGUUCAUCAAGUUCUGGUGGGAUCGCCAGGUUGUGAGUAACCAGUAUGGCCUUUCUGGCCGGGCGGCUCGCAACUGGGGUCCUGAUACCAUUGAAGGUGAUCUACCUGCAGAUGAGCUCGUGCAGAAUCGUCAAGAUCAGACUGUCGAUAAUUUGGAGAAUCAGUUCAGGGAUGAUCUAUACUAUGCGUCCAAGGAGUACAGCAUGUCGGAUAUCAAAGUGCCCUUGCUGUCUGUCGCAAACUGGGGUGGAAUUCUCUUGCAUCUUCGAGGAAACGUCGAAGGUUAUACACAUGCAGGCUCCGACUUGAAGUAUCUACGCUUUAUCACCGGACGACAUGAUCUACCCUUCUACUACAAGGAGGAAGUCGAGCUCCAACGCAGUUUCCUCGAUGCUUUCCUGAAAGGAGACGAUCGCGCAGGCUGGGCAAACGGCACCGCCCCCAAGGUGGACAUGGUCCUGCGUAAAGGAAAUGUGGGCCACAACAAUGCUGAGGGAGAGAGGACUUUCCCCCGUCGACAGGAAACAGAGUGGCCCAUCGCACGUACCCAGUACACCAAGUACUUCCUGACAUCGCAAAAGGAGCUGGUGACUUCAGCACCAACAGAAUCGCGCUCCACCAAGAUCUCCUACGAGGCCUUGGGGAAUCUCGAUGAUCCCCAAUUAGUCCAAUUCACCACACCCCCCUUCGAAACCGAAACUGAGAUCACAGGGCACCUUGUUGCGCACCUAAAUGUUUCUAUGAGUGCGAAUGCAGGAGCACCCUCACCGCAAGAUAUCGAUUUGUUCCUCACUAUGCGAUACAUCUCACCUAGCGGCGAAGAAGUAUUCUAUACCGGAACAGCAGGUGACCCUGUCCCAUUGUGUAAGGGCUGGCUACGUGUUUCGAUGAGACAAGUUGAUCACGAAAGUCCACGAGACCGUUCCUGGCUCCCCCAUCGCAAUUACUACUCUACCGAUGCACGUCCUGUGAUUCCGGGUGAGGUCUAUGCGGUUGAUGUGGAGAUUUGGCCGACGAAUGUCAUUAUUGAGAAGGGAGGCAAGAUCGUGUUGGAGGUUAGCAGUGGAGAUACACAAGGCAGUGGGAUUUUCCAACAUAAUUCUUCUAUCGAUCGAUCCACUGAGCGCUUCCAGGGUAAGAAUCACAUUCACUUCGGCAUUGCGGAGAACUAUGUUACUCUCCCAGUUAUCCCGCCAGUUGAAUGA